GGCCCCGGUGGUGCUUUAAGACUGCGGAGGGCUGGGGUUAGCGCUGCCCUCCGCCGCGCCGGCAGGCAGGGGAGGUGAGCGGCGGGCUCCGAGCGCUCCGAGCCGCCGGAGAGCGAGGGAAGCGAGGAGAGAAGGCAAGAGAGAAGGGGAAAAGGAAGAUGUGCCCGCCUGCCCGCCCGCCCGCCGCCGGGCCGAGGGGAGCCGUGUGAGGAGCCGUGCGAGGAGGCGUGCGAGGAGCUCGGGGCUCGCCGCGGCUCGGGGCCGGCCGCCGCCGGCGGGGAUGCUCGUGUGGCCGCGCCGGAGGAUUUUGUCACCUGUGGCCCUGCCCCCGCCGCCCUGCGGGCGCCUCCCCGAGCCAAGGACACACCUGGGCGCCGCGCACCCGCCUCCCGCCCCCGCCGCCGGCCGCCUCUUCCCCCGCCCGAGUGCCGGGCGAGUGUCGGCGGAGCCGCGGGGCUGCAGGCGGGGCUGAGCGCUCGCUGGGCGGACGAGCGGCCCCGCAGGCUCCGAGCAGCCACCAGCCGAGGGAGGAGGAGGAGGAGAGGGCGAGCGGGCGAGCGGCAGGGGCAUGUGGAUGUUGGCCGUCGCCUUGCUCCACAGCAUCUCGCAUGUUUUCAGUGAAGAGCUACACGCCAGUCUAUACUUUGUCAAUGCAUCUCUGCAAGAGGUAGUGUUUGCCAGCACCACAGGGACACUGGUCCCCUGUCCAGCUGCAGGGAUCCCCCCUGUGACGCUCAGAUGGUACCUAGCGACGGGCGAGGAGAUCUACGAUGUCCCAGGGAUCCGCCACGUCCACCCCAAUGGCACUCUCCAAAUUUUCCCCUUCCCUCCUUCAAGCUUUAAUAACUUAAUCCAUGAUAACACUUACUAUUGCACAGCUGAAAAUCCUUCAGGGAAAAUCAGGAGUCAGGAUGUUCACAUUAAGGCUGUUUUACGGGAACCCUAUACAGUCCGUGUGGAGGACCAGAAAGCCAUGAGAGGCAAUGUAGCAGUGUUCAAGUGCAUUAUCCCCUCCUCUGUGGAGGCAUACAUCACUGUUGUCUCAUGGGAGAAAGACACAGUCUCGCUUGUCUCAGGUAAGCUCUUACGGUUUUCCUUCCCAGCUGGCACUGGCAGGGAUGUUUCUGGAUGAUUUCCCCGCUCCCCA